GGCUCUUCCACGCCAGCGGCUCCAAAUACCUCCUCUCUCCACGGCACAGAGAACUGGGUAGAGCAGGAGGAGCUACCAAACCUACCCAAGUGGUCUUACUUCUCCAUGACUGGACUGUACGGGUACUCUGCUCCAGACAUGCAUCGCCUCAGACUCACCGUGAUGCCAAUCCAUCUGGUUUGCUGUCUCCUGCUGUGUCCUGUGGAUGCCGUUUCAUACAGCGAACCAACAAGUCCCUCUACGAUGCCCCCUCCCUCAGCGUUGGGAUACCAGUUGCCCUCCUCAGACCCCCUGUCCUGCCAGAUCCUGCUCCCAAAGCACCUGCCUGGCUUCACUCACAUGCCCCCUCUCCCCAAGUUCCUGGUAGGCCUGGCUCUGAGGAAUGCUCUGGAGGAAGCUGGCUGCCAGGCUGAUGCCUGGGCUCUGCAGCUUCAGCUUUACCGAUUGGGAGGAGUAGAGGCUACCCGGGCCCUCAUCCACCAUCUUCAAGAGCUCCACAAAAGUGGACACUCGGACUGGCAAGUGUCUGUGGACGCCCUGUCCUCUGCUCUGCAGCUCUUAGCCUGGGAGCAGCCGGGUCCAAAGAGGGUCCAACGCUCGUUUUCUGAUGUGGACUGUGACAAUGAACAGGAGCAGAGUGUACACGAUUUGGUCCAGCUGCUGCCAGGAGUCGGGACCUACUACAACCUAGGCACAGCUUUCUAUUACGCCACUCAGAGUUGCUCUGACAAGGCCAAAGAGCGGGGCCAAGAUGGGGCCAUAGAUCUGGGCUAUGACCUUUUGAUGGCCAUGGUGGGUCUGUCCGGGGGGCCAGCUGGUGUGGUGAUCAGUGCCGCUCUGAAGCCAGCAAUGAAGGCUGGGGUUCAGCGGCUGAUCCGAUAUUAUUAUGAUGAGGAACCGUGAACAUCCCCUAAGCCAGAGACCAGGAAGGAUGGGACCUCAGAUGGCAGGGACUUGGAAGAAACAAUCACGGCCACUUUGGUGUCAGAAGUUCAAAGUACAUCUUCCUACAGUGGGAAAACCUUAGUCAAAAACUACGGUGCCUGGGCAUACAAGAGGUAGUAACAGCAACAAAUAAAUGGAAAAUUUUGGCAAGAGAAGUGCAGAUGGAUGGGUGGGUGGGUGGAUUUGGGGGUCUUGUCAUCACUUGCCAGUUAUUUCUUCCUUGAAACUCGGUUUUUACAUUUCUAAUGAGGGGAUAGUGAGUUUUCACUUGAACAAGUGGUUAUAGAAAUUAAAAGCAUGACCCGACA